AUGUCUGGACUCAUGGACAAGGUCAAGGACAAAGUCUCGAGCGGCGGCUCUGGCGGCGCUUCUGGUAAUCAGCCAUCUGGAAUUGAGAAGGGCGUUAAUAGUCAAGUCCACAAGCCACUGACUAACACACAACAUACAGAAGUUGACUCCGCCACUGACCGUGCCGGCCUCGGUGAUAAGUACGACGACAAGAUCAACAAGUUUGCCGACGGACAAGUCAAUAAGCGGAUUCCAGGUAUGAGGUAUGAGAUGAAGCAAUGGGGUUAUCAAGUCUUUGUGAUCGGUUCUACUUCAUGCAUAAUGCCUGAAUGUUCGUGGGAAUACUGUGCUGAUUUGAAUGGCGUGCAGCUGCUUCACAAUCUGCCAAGGGAGAAGAAGAUCAUGUUGACCAGCUGCAGAAUUGAGCCGCCGAGAACGGUGGUCAAUGUUCUCACCGACAGCUGCUUCCGAGUCUAUGGACAUGGUUCAGCCGUGGAGAAAGGUGGUCAGUGGUAUAGUCUCAGACGGGUAGAAAAGAAGAGAUGGCGUGACAGAAGACUUUGUUCCUUCUGUGGACACAUGGUCUCAAUCGCCUUGAGGAGAGAAUCUAGGUGUAACACGGCUGAGUUGUUGAAAUUCUCUCAGAUUCGGUACGAAAUGUCCUCUUCAAGUACAGGAUCGAGCUCUCCACGAACAUGUCCUGAUUAA